AUGAAGAAAGAGAAUCACACUGUGGUGAGUGAGUUUGUUUUUCAGGGUUUCUCCAGCUUCCACGAGCACCAGCUCACACUCUUUCUUGUGUUCCUGGCACUCUACAUAUUGACCCUGGCAGGGAACGUCAUCAUCGUGACCAUCAUUGGCCUCGAUCGCUCUCUGCACACCCCCAUGUACUUCUUCCUGAGCAUGUUGUCAGCUUCUGAGACUGUGUACACACUGAUCAUUAUACCGAGGAUGCUCUUUGAUCUCAUAGGCCUGAAUAAGCCCAUUUCUUUAGCAGGCUGUGCUACUCAGAUGUUCUUCUUCAUCACACUGGCCAUCAACAACUGCUUUCUGCUCACGGCAAUGGGGUAUGAUCGCUUUGUGGCUAUUUGCAAUCCCCUGAGGUACUCAGUCAUCAUGAACAAGAGCAUGUGCAUCCAGCUUGUGAGGGGGGCCUGUGGAACCGGUCUAAUUGUAGCAAUGAUACAGGUGUCGGCCGUGUUCAGGUUGCCCUUUUGUGCCACUGAGGUAGCCCACUUCUUUUGCGACAUCCGGCCUGUGAUGAAGCUCUCCUGCAUCGACACUACUGUCAAUGAGAUCCUGACCCUGAUCAUCAGUGUCCUGGUGAUUUUAAUUCCCAUGGGCUUGGUUUUCAUUUCCUAUAUCCUCAUCAUCUCCACCAUCCUCAGGAUUGCUUCUGCGGAGGGCCGGAAAAAGGCUUUUGCCACAUGUGCUUCUCAUAUCACGGUGGUCAUUGUCCACUAUGGCUGUGCCUCCAUCGCCUACCUCAAGCCCAAGUCAGAAAACACCAAGGAUGAGGACCAGUUGAUCUCUGUGACCUACACUCAUCACCCCCCUCCUGAACCCUGUGGUGUACACCCUGAGGAACAAGGAGGUCAAGGAUGCUCUGUGCAGGGCUUUUGGCCGAAAACUGUCUUGAUGGGAUGA